UAGAGGGACCUGCUCCAGUCUGUUGAAUGUCGGCUUCUUCCUUCUUCUUCUCCUUCAAAAGCUGCUUUCCUCUUCCUUUCUAUUUUCUCGACACUUUUAUUCCCCCCCCCCCCCCCCUCUCUUUCUCUCUCUUCCCUCACCCACCUUACUUUCUCUCUCCUCCAUUGAAACACCUCUUUCCGACGCAACAAGCUGAAGUGAACUUUUAUUGGACUGAGUUUUUUCAGCUGAAAGUUUGCUUUUUUCUGCGAAAUUACAUGAUUUAAGGAAGUGGGUAUUGCUUUAAAUUUGAUUGGUUUGAAGAAAUAGUUUGUUAAUCUAUGUGAUAUCUGGGGGGAAAUCCCAACUUUUAUCGACGCUUUUCUGGGUUUGUUUAUGAAGGAGUUGAACUCUUAAUGGCGGUUCAAUUUGAGCACGAUUGUUUCGGAAAAUUCUGGGUUUCUUUUGAAGGAAUUGAACUGUGAAAAUGGUGGUAUAAUUUGAAAUUUUUGAGCAAGAUUAUUGUUGCUGGAAUUUGAUUUCUGGGCUGAUUUGGUGAAUGUGGGUGUAGUGAAUUAGUGAUAUGAAGGCAAUGUUGAAGAUGAUUGUUCUGGGUUUGAAGUUGUAGUGAGCAAAUAAAAAUUUGUGGAUUUUUUUCUGUUGGGAAUUAUUAAUUGGGUUUGAUUGUCAAAAAGAAGGGCUUUGAUAAUCAUGAAAGCUCCUUCAAAUGGUCUCGUGGCUAAUCCUGGAGAAGAAGGAAGGGCCAUUAAUUCAGAGUUGUGGCAUGCUUGUGCUGGACCACUGGUUGCUGUGCCUCCUGUUGGAAGCCUUGUGGUUUACUUCCCACAAGGCCACAGUGAGCAAGUGGCAGCCUCUAUGCAAAAGGAGACCGAUGGAAUCCCGAGCUAUCCGAAUCUUCCGUCCAAGUUGAUUUGUGUGCUCCAUAGUGUCACACUACAUGCUGACCCUGAAACUGAUGAGGUGUACGCACAAAUGACCCUUCAACCUGUUAAUAAGUAUGACAGGGAUGCGUUGCUUGCAUCAGAGAUGGCCCUGAAACAAAAUAGGCAGCCUGCAGAGUUCUUCUGCAAAACUCUCACAGCUAGUGACACUAGCACACACGGUGGAUUCUCUGUACCUCGCCGGGCUGCUGAGAAGAUUUUCCCACCUCUAGAUUUUUCUAUGCAACCUCCUUGUCAAGAGUUGAUGGCUAAAGAUUUACAUAAUCAAACAUGGACCUUCAGACAUAUUUAUCGAGGACAGCCAAAAAGACACUUGCUGACUACCGGUUGGAGUGUUUUUGUUAGCUCAAAAAGAUUAUUUGCUGGUGAUUCUGUUCUAUUUAUAAGAGACGAGAAGUCACAUCUUCUGUUAGGUAUACGAAGAGCAAACAGACAGCAGCCUGCACUGGCGUCGUCUGUUAUUUCCAGUGACAGCAUGCAUAUUGGAAUUCUUGCUGCUGCAGCUCAUGCUGCUACUAAUAACAGUCCAUUUACCAUCUUUUAUAAUCCGAGGGCUAGUCCAGCUGAGUUUGUAGUUCCCUUGGCUAAGUAUAAUAAAGCUAUGUACACCCAAGUUUCUCUUGGCAUGCGCUUUAGGAUGAUGUUUGAAACUGAGGAGUGUGGUGUACGUAGAUAUAUGGGUACUAUAACAGGGAUCAAUGACCUUGAUUCGGCGCGAUGGAAAAACUCUCAGUGGCGUAACCUCCAGGUUGGCUGGGAUGAAUCUACCGCUGGUGAUCGACCAGGUCGAGUCUCCAUUUGGGACAUAGAGCCUGUUGUUACUCCCUUCUACAUAUGCCCUCCUCCAUUUUUCAGACCAAAGUUUCCUAAGCAACCAGGAAUGCCAGAUGACGACUCUGAUAUGGACAGCAUAUUCAAGAGAGGUAUGCCCUGGCUUGGCGAUGAAUAUGGCAUGAAAGAUGUUCCCAGCUCAAUAUUUCCUGGUUUGAGUUUAGUCCAGUGGAUGAACAUGCAACACAAUAAUCAAGUUCCUGGUGCACAACCUGGGAUUUUUCCAUCUAUGCUAACCGCAUCUGCCAUGAAUGGUGGCCUUGGUACUGAUGAUCCUUCCAAGCUGUUGAACUUCCAAGCCCCGAAUAUGUCUAUGCCAAAUCUCCAGUUCAGCAAAGCUGUCCAACAGAAUCAAGUUGGUCAAUUGCAGCAACAAUCUGCGAAUUGGUCUCAACAGCAACAGCAACAGCUCCAGCAAUUGUUGCAGAAUCCUCUUAACUCGCAACAGCAGCAACAACAACAGCAGCCACAACAGCAGCCACAACAGCAACAAUCUCUGCAACAACAGCUGCAAAAACAACAAAUACAGCAGCAGCAACAGCAUCAGCAACAGCAACAUCAUCAUCAACAGUUACAGCAGCAACAACAACAACAGCAACAGCAACAGUUACAGCAGCAACAACAGCACCAGCAACAGUUACAGCAGCAACAACAGCAUCAGCAUCAGCAGCAACAACAACAUCAGCAACAUCAACAGCAGCAGCAGCAACAACAACAACAACAGCACCAACAGCAGCAAGCACAACCAGCAUCACAUCCUGCACCACAAAAGCAACAAAUACCUCAGUCAACAUUUGUAAAUAGUGGCCUCAUUUCUCCUAACCAGAACAUAAAUCAGAAUUUGCCGCAGUCUCCAAUGUUCUCUCAACUUCAUCACCAGCAACUGCUAGGUGGAAAUACCCAGGGCCCACCAAACCUUCCAGCUGAUUCUCUUCAUUUAACAUCUUUAACUCCAGAUAUGCAGUUUCAGCAGCAAACAGAACAGCAAAGUAAUGUUCUACAGAGGCUUCAGCAGCAGCAGCAGCAGCAGCAAGCACAAAUGCAACAGUCCUCCCAACAGUUACUUCAAGAGAGCCUAUCACAUAGGUCAUCACCUGCCUUACAGAGCCUCUCAGAGCAUCAGCUUCAACUUCAGCUGCUGCAAAAAUUACAGCAGCAACCUCAACAGCAUUCACAGCAGCAACAACAUCAACAGCAUUCACAGCAGUCACACCCUAUGCUGUCUCCUAUUAGUUCUCAUAGCCAUCCUCAAGUAACAACACAACAACACACUGCUCAAUCAAACCAACAUUUGCAGCAGCGUCCUUCGUCUCAAUAUCAGCCAACACAACAAGUGGGUGUGGGUGUGGGUGUGGGUGUGGGUGUGGGUGUAAGCUCUAUCUCCACAUCUCCGCUUAUGAAUUCUCCAGCAGUUUCAGCAGUCCAACUUCAGGGAAUGCAGAAAACAGGGGGGAUUGUAAGAUCAUUAUCUGGCCCAACUGAUGGAGAUGCUCCAUCUUGUUCAACUUCACCUUCUACAAACAAUUGCCAGAUUCCCCAUUCAAACUUCUUGAAUCGGAACCAGCAAGCGCGGAACAUGCUAGUCGAGCAUUCAAUUACUGAGCCUAGUAGUAAUAUGGUACAGGAUCUUCAACAAGAGAAGUCUGAUAUGAGAAUCAAGAAUGAAAUUUCAACCUCAAAAGUAAUAGAACCCCCUAGAAUUAACGGUGGCAUCAUCACUGAUCCGUUGGAAGCUUCCUCUUCUGUUACUUCAUAUGGGUUGGAUGCUAGUGGACUUCACCAGAAUCUAUCACUUCCAAGUUUUGGGUUGGAUGGUGAUGUUCAGUCCCAUCCAAGGCAUAAUAGUCUUCCUAUUUCAACCGCCAUGGAUGAUUUGACAACUGAUAGCUUUUUGUCAAGGGGUUUUGAUUCAGGGAAGGAGCUCCAUAACUUGCUUUCUAGUUACAAUGGUGCUCCUACUCCUAGAGACAUUGAAACAGAAUUAUCUGCUGCUGGUAUGAGCCCACAAUCAUUUGGGGUUCCAAAUAUACCUUUCAAGUCGGGUUGCUCAAAUGAUGUAGCAGCAAUUAACGACCCUGCUGGUUUGGGUGGUGGGAUGUGGCCAAGUCAGGCUCCACGUAUGAGGACAUAUACAAAGGUACAAAAGCGUGGGUCAGUUGGUAGAUCGAUUGAUGUUACCCGUUAUAAGGGAUACGAUGAGCUCAGGCUUGAUCUUGCUCGUAUGUUUGGCAUUGAAGGACAAUUGGAAGAUCCUCAAAGAACAGAUUGGAAACUGGUCUACGUAGAUCAUGAAAAUGACAUUCUACUCGUGGGAGAUGAUCCAUGGGAUGAAUUUGUGAACUGUGUUCUAAGCAUAAAGAUAUUGUCAUCGGUUGAAGUGCAACAAAUGAGUUUGGACGGAGAUUUGGGUAGUGGACCAAUCCCGAAUCAAGCGUCUAGUGGUGCUGACAGUGACAAUGCCUGGAGAGGAUAUGAUGACCAUUCCGCUGCCUCAUUCAACCGUUAAAACUGCCUGUGAAAUCUUCUUCGGUUAUUGUUGGGUUGGAACACGGGCAAAAUGGUCACUGUCAUCAACCAGAAGAUACAACAAUAUGCAAUACCCAUAAUAACCUGAAAACAUGAAUGUAACUUAGAUAAAUCACUCAUUUUUGAGCUAUAGAUUGAGCUCAUACUCCCACUUUUAUUUUAUAUACUCCAACCUCCAUAUUGAGCUAGGGGAAGGAAGUUAAAUUAUGGGUCCUUAGGUUAUAGGAAAGUACGGACCAGGUUAAUUGUUUUCAAGGCAACCUUUCUGUAAAGCUAGUGUACGUUGUAAUAGAAGAUAUAUAGUUUUGUACUGUAGUAGUUACUGACAAAGGAAAGGGGGUGGUGUGUGAACUUCAUGUCAACCCUUGUAGUUUUAUCACUUGUGAUAGAUAUGGCUAUGUAAAUGCUAUUUAUUGAAUUAAAGCAGAUUUAGAUUUUGAUGUA